AUGCCAAGUAUCUUUUGGUCUACUCUCGAAGGUCUGUGUGUGGAAGAAGGUCCUGGAGAAGGAAAUGGCAACCCACUCCAGUGCUCUUGCCUGGAGAAUCCCAGGGACAGCGGAGCCUGGUGGGAUGCCCUCUAUGGGGUCGCACAGAGUCGGACACGACUGAAGCGACUUGGUAGCUGCAGAAGGUCUGUGCAGGCUAAUUUUGUUUGCCGAGAGUUUUGCCUGGGGAUUCACAGCCCCACGUACCUACAUUCCAAAAACAGAAGGGGGAGCCCUAAUCCCCCCAUUUCCAGAUCUGGUUAG